CUACUCCCGUACGUGAAAUAGUACUUUCACACACCGUUCACGAAUCGUAAAAUGUAAUUUCACGCCCUUGUGCGUGAAAUUAUUUUUACGCCCUAGGGCGUGAAAUAAACCCAUAAGAAUAACAUGGUACAUUCAAGUGUUUUUAUUACCAGUGCGUGAAAUAUACUCAUAAUAAAUACAUUGUAGUCUGUCCAUAAGACCUAAUACAUGAAUAUUUCGCUGAUAGGCGGCCUUAGUGCAUCUUUUGUUUAAGAGCAGCAAUAAAUCAUAAAUAAACUGUCAAAAUAGCUUGAUCAUUAUUGUCGUGAGCUCAUUGUUGAGAGUUAAUUAUUAAUAUUUUAACAUUAUAUUAUAAUGGAUUCUUAUCAUUCAGAUAUACGAAGUACCCCGCCGGAUGUUUUGGAUGCAGCCAAUGAGGCUAGUAAGACUCUAUUACCCCAAAAAUCAUUGAGCGUUUAUGAAAAUACGUAUGAGAAAUUCAUGGCAUGGAGGAAAACAAAGAAUAUCAAUUCAUUUUCUGAAAACGUAAUAUUGGCAUAUUUGUCAGAAUUAUCCAAGAACUUUAAGGCAGCAACACUUUGGAGUAAUUUCUCAAUGCUAAAAAGUACCAUCAGCAUUAAAAAAAACAUCAAUAUUGACUAUCCUAAGGUACGUGCUUUUUUAAAAAGGAAGAGUGAGGGAUACGUUCCCAAAAAAUCCAGAGUUUUGGAGAAAGAACAAAUACUGAAGUUUAUACAAGAAGCUCCUGACGAAACAUUUUUAUUGACCAAGGUUAUACUAAUAUUUGGACUUGCUGGAGCUCUUAGAAGAGAUGAACUGUAUAAACUGAAAUUAGAUGAUAUUGAAGAUUUAGGUACAAUACUCAUAGUAAACGUCCAUGAUACAAAAACCAAAAUCUCAAGAAAAUUUACCAUCACAGAACAUCUUGAAUUAUACCGAAAAUAUACGGCACUCCGUCCGCAAAAAUACGCAGAAAAAAAAUUAUUUAUUAAUUAUCAAGGUGAAAAAUGUACCUGCCAGAUCGUUGGUAUAAAUAAAAUUGGUAAAGUUCCUUCGGUAAUCGCAAAAUACCUAAAUUUACCUCAUGCUGAACAAUAUACAGGCCACUGUUUUAGGCGGUCAUCCGCCACGUUAUUAGUAGAAGCUGGAGGCGAUUUGCUUACCUUAAAAAAACAUGGAGGUUGGAAAUCCUCUGCAGUGGCAGAGCAUUAUAUAGAAAACUCAAUUACUCAGAAAAUUGAUGUGGCAAAUAAAAUUUUAUCGCCUCAAAAUUAAAUUUCCUCAGCCCCUAUCGCCACUACUUCUAUCAUCUCAACUUCCAAGUCAAGAAACACACUAAUAGAAAAAUCAAAUGCUGCAGGUGUAAGUUUUGGAAUGGUCACAGGUUCCAAUAUUACUAUUAAUAAUCAUUAUUAUUCCACAUCAGAAUGAAAACCAAAAAUAAUAAUCUCAGUAUAAGAAUUAAUUGUUAAUUU